UGCCGGGUUGGUCGGGCAUUACUUCUGUGCGUGCGUGUGACGCGCGUUCGUUCGUUCGGUUUCGGUUACGUCGCGUGCGUGUUUACAUUGUUUGGAAAGUGCAGAGAGCGAAAAAGGGAGAGAAAAAAAAACGCCAGAGGGAUGACAUUCCUUCGAUAGGCGCCUUCCAAAAGGCAACGUGCGCGUAUGCGCAGAUUCGAUCAGCGCAAGUGAAAUGUCAUCCUGUGGCAGCGUCAGCGCGUACGACAAUCGAUCGAUCAUAGCAGUCCGAGCAGAUUGCACAAUCCGAACGAUCGAAACGAUAAAGACAAAAUUAAUAACAAAUGCCUAGGUGAGGAUGAUGAUUGUUGCAAAAUUGAUUUUUGUCAAAAGUGUCGCUCGGCUCAUUAAAUUGGCACGUAAUUUGUGUCCGUGUCUGUGCGCGCGCGCCUUUCACACCACCGCGCCUGGUUUGGUUAUGUUUGGUGAAGAGUGAUCAGUCCACCCUUGGGGCCUCGAUCGGUGAAAUUGCUUGUUGGCAUUUAAUUUAACUCGGUGAUUGUGAUUAUGGGUGCUUGAGUGAAUUUUGAUUGUUGGUGGCUAGGUCGCUGGUUGCUGGCCGUCCUCCUUCGGUCUGCGAUGGUUUUGCAUUGUGGCUGGCCUUCGAGUGAUCGAGCAGGUUGUGUGUGGUGCCAAGUGAACAAGUGAUUGUGAGUGUAAAGAAAAAGAAGCUUAUUCGGCAAUCGUUACGUUCCUUUUGUGGAUGUCCCGCAGCAAGAAAACGGGAGCACAAUAAUUAGUGCACUAUUUUAUGCGAGCUGUGUGAUUCUUAUCUUGAUGAGAAGUUUUGCUGUUUUUUGUUGGUGUCUUUAGUUUUAGAAGAAGUUUAAAUGAGCCAGUCCAAAGUUUAUGGUAGCCGCGUCUUUUAAAAGAUAAUACGACCCAGAUAAGUGUGUGUGUGUGUCCCGAGAUUUGGAAUGAGAAAUACCUUCACAUGCAGACGGGCGAGACCGCACUUUUAUGUUUUCAUAUGCUGUUUUCUGCAUCCUUCAACAGUGGUCAGUAGUUUUUCGGUUGCUCCGACAAUUUGUCCCCAAACCGGUAGCAGCAGCACAACGAAGCACGAAGACGGCUGAAACGGAGCCUACGAUCAGACGGCUCAUCAAUCAACCAAAACUUAUUUCUUGCUCAUGAAAUGGACCGCAAAAAUGCUACAAAACUAUCAACCAAUGGCAGUACACGAAGAAAAUCAUCAUUCAAAGCGAUUGCUUCUAGCGAACACAACGAAACCCAACCGGAACGACCUGGCGGUGGCACGGUGGAACGGAUGGCCAGCAGCAUUCCUCUCACCACCCAACACUCCCCACCCUUUGCAGCUAACUUUGCCUCGGUGCAUCGUCCCCGGCAGAUAAGCAGCAUAGCGGCGAUCAAAAGAACGGCCAGCCAGAAUGCAGCAGCAGCAGCAGCCUCGGCUCACGAAUCAUCAGCCCGAGAUAGUUCGACGGGUGUCUUUGGUGUUGUGGAAACGGACAGCCAGCUAGCAGCGAGUCAGUCCGCCGGUUUCCCGCACCCGAAGCGCCACUCGAAAUACGGCUCACCGAGCAAAGCCGUACCGAUGCCACAGCGCCCGGAAGCGCACGGAAAUAAUGGUCCGAACGGGCGAUCGAAUGCUAAAGUAGCUGCACCGACCGGCACGGAUCCGUCCGGGAGAAAUCUGCAUCCGGUCGGGUCGGUUGCCGGUGUCAGCGGCGAAAACAAUGGCAGAAUAUUUAAUCAACCGACGCUUCCGCUGCCGGUGCAGAUUCCGAAUCCUUACGCUUGUACACCGUCGUCGUCGUCGUCGUCACCUGCGAUGCCUUCAGUGACGGGUCCAAAUUAUGGUGCCCAACCGGUGCAGUACCGGCCGGCACACACACCGGCAGCACAAAAGACUGAUUAUCUGCAACCGUCGUCGGGUGGCAUCAGGCACGGCGCUGGUAGCGUAAAUCAAAAGUCCUCCUGCUCGACAGGGCUGCCAACCGGAGAUGGCUGUCGACGCUUGGCCGUGCAGCCGGGUCGCUUCACGAAACACCAAUCAACCUCGGCACCGGUACAGGCACCGGCCGGUGGAAAGCUAACGCCGAAGCUGCUGAAUGACAUCUACGAAAAACACUUGUUGAGCCAGACUACCUUCGAGGUGAACGGUGCGCUGCUAACAAGUUCGUCCGCUGGAGUGAAGGCUCCAACUGUCACCAACCACCAUCACGCCGGUGGCAAACACAACUCCUCGGAAAUGACUCGAACGCUAACGAAGACUGACACUCGGUUGCGUGCCACGUCAAAAGCCACGGGAAAGGAUGGCUCACCGGUGUACGAAUGCGCCCUGCGAAACGCGACCGAAACGGAGGGCCAUAAUUUGUACGAAUCCGUACGCAGCAAUUAUCACAUAUACGAAAAGAUUGACUCGCGAAGAUCUUCCCUCGGUGGGAGUACGCCACCGGUCGCGUCAUCCGCCUCGUCAGCGGCUUCCUCGCUGGAGCAGUACGUGCGUCCGGUUGCACCACAUCUAGCGCCACCGCCCCUACAUCCACGUCCCAAAUCACAUCCCUCGAAUGGAGGAAUCGAAGCUACCGAUGGGACGAACCUACCGAUGGCCGUCGUUCGUCAUGAAGUACAAAAAUCGAUACAGUUUAAACAAGCGCCAAAUAGUUCCGGAGGCGCGAGUGUUCUUUCUCCGAUCCAGGAACGUCCACCGUUACCGCCAACGAUUGGUGGCAGGACGUUGGUUCCAGCCCAGCGCAGUCCGUCGACACGUUCCGAGCGGGUCAACAUUGCACUGGAAACGGCCAAAGCAAUUGCAACGGCAGCGUACAUCGAACGAGCUGCACAACGAUUGGCUUCCGGCGGUAGUGAAAUUGCACCGGUCACCACGAAAAACGGCGCCACGGAAAUGAGUGCGAACGGUGGUUUCUGUGGAGCGAUCCAGCGCACACCGCCCCCGAUACCGGCCGGUUUGGCCCGUCGGAUGGCGAACCGGGAAAAUAUCGGCCUUGGAAAGGUCAAAGUCAUGCUCCGAGUGUCCGAUGACCCACCGAGGCAAGCGUCUACCGUCGGCGACCAGCAGGACCAGCCGGCGCCGGGAUCCAGCACAACACCCACCUACCUGACCGUGGACAAGAAGAAGCGUCAGGUGACGCUAACGGAGACGCAAACCAGCGCAACGAUGGCCCCGUCCGAACGAGGGCCCAUGGUUUCCGCACCGAAAAUGUUUGCAUUCGAUGCAUUAUUUACGACCGAAGACUCGCAGCAAGACAUCUGCGGGACCGCUCUGUCGGAGGUGAUACCGGCCGUACUGGAAGGAUCAGAUGGUUGUCUGCUGUCACUAGGAUACCCGGGAGCAGGUCAAUCACGCACCAUGUUCGGCACGGUCGCUGCUCCCCCGGGAGAUCUCGGCGCGAUACCGUGCGCCAUCUCGUGGCUGUACAAGGGUAUUAAUGAGAAACGUCAAAAAUCGGGCGCCCGCUUUUCCGUGCGUGUCAGUGCGCUCGGCGUGAACGCCACCAAGCCGGGCUCAUCCUCCAGGGAUCUGCUGGCCGGACAUGCGACAGAAUCGGAUGACUCGCCCGGGAUGUAUCUGAGGGGAGAUUUUCUCGGCCGGCCAACGGAACUUCGAGCACCGACAGCGGAACGGGCAGCACUCUUUCUCGAUUUGGCGUUAUCGGGACGAUCGCAAUGCAAUUUUGAACCGGCCUUAAUCUACACGCUGCACGUCUACCAGUACAGUUUGUCCGGAAAGCGAGGAGUUGAAGGAGGAAGAAGUCGUCUGCACCUGAUCGAUCUUGGAGGCUGUGCCAAUCGAAACGGCGGCCUACCACUGUCUGGAAUUGGAAACGUCUUGCUGGCGAUUCUGAGCGGCCAAAAGCAUCCACCAAACCGAGAUCAUCCACUGACACCGAUACUAAGAGACUGCCUUGCACCCAUCACCUGUCAUGUGGCCGUUGUGGCACAUGUCGCACAUACACAGACACACACGGACACGCUCACGACUAUCCAGCUUGCCUCACGCAUCCAUCGGAUGCGACGAAGACUACGGCCCCGGAACCAUCUGCUGGCAGACAAAGGACUGAACAACGGAUCCUCCGGACAUCAGUCGGGUGGUUCGUCCGAGGGUCCGGACCCAUCCAGUUCCGACUUUUCACAGGACACCGUCAUCUACAUGGGACCGUGCGAUGAUCCAACGGACGGUGAGCAUCCUCCCGUGUAUCUUCCAAGCCUAAACUCGGGAGACAAUCGGUGCGCGAUGAAUAAGGCACUCAAGGGUUCGGUGGCGGAGAAAGGACCCUGUAGUACGGCGACCCCUUCACCGAAGAAGAAGGCUUCCACGGCAAAUGCUUCCAAAGCUCAACCAACGAGCACUCCCGCUGCGAGUAACGUUGCAACCGUUAUCCCCGGCCGUACUGAUAGUCUUAAGCGCAACCAGCACCCGUACGCUCACCAGCCAACCCAAGGUCCGGAGCUUGUCUCGAACGCCAUCCAGAUAGCGUCCCAGCAUGCCUCGCCCAAAGUGAUAGCGGGAGCCUUUAAGCAUGUGUCUGGCGUCAGUAAAGGCUCCAACAUCCCUACGCCAAAGGGUUCGCCCAUGCGUCGUCCGACUGCAGGACCGUCCGUUACGACCGUUGGCACAUCCGCCCGUGAAAGUCCUUCGCGACAGAUCAGCGAAGAGAAGUGGAUCGAUGGUCCUCGUGUAUCGAAAUCAAAGGUACACGAAGCACGCCACCUGAUGCGUGAGAUAAACCACGUGAAGAAAUGUGAAACUUGGGUCGAUGGUCCAAGGACACACGCCGCCCAACCACACGCGAGCCAUUCGCAGCUUCCAUCGGCAAGUGCUGCGGCAGUAGCGGCCAACAUUGCCGGUGGCUAUGGGUUCAUGGAUACGCACAAGAAGAACAUGAUCCGCCAGUGGGUCGAAAACCAAUCCAUCCAGCUACUGCAACAGUCCAUGUCCGCGAACAACUCACCGAUGCACACCAAGCAUCACACCACCUACAGCCUGCCAAAGUUUAAACCGAGCCGAUCGGAUGAGGAUGGCUUCCUGACGCUCGAGUUCGAUCGUGGUGGUGGUGAUGAGCUGGUCAAUCCGAUCGCUAUGAGAGGCUUCACCGCUGCCACAACCAUCGCUGCUAACAGUUCCGAAAGUCACGUACGGACGGGGUUGAAGCAGGGCUACAGUCUCGAUGCGGAACCGAUGUCCGUGCCAACAAUGUCCAACACGACUGUUCCACCCGCCCUUCACCAUCACCAACAACAGCAACAGCAACAGAGCCAACCGGUGUACGCUUCCAUCACUCCUGCGUCUAAACUGUCUAACGUAGCUACCACGAUGACUUCCGCGAGCUCUCUUCACGACAAUCAUUCGGAACGAUCGAGGGCGACUUCGCAAGCAAGUGAGCGAGCGUCCCACACGCAACAGCAACAAACGGAUGGAACUACCCAGGAGGAAGAGGAUCAAGACAGUGGACCCUCGGAGGUCCCACCAGCGUUACCACUGAUGGAUCCGCUUGGAUCGCGAGAGAUCUCCCACGAAAGCAUACACAUGCUUUGUUCGAGGCAUGCCUCCAGAGAUGAUGCCAUGAGUGUGCAUAGCCACAACAGCCACAACAUUGGCAUGAUGGACUGUGGUCUGCAGGUGACGGAAGAUGAAAUCGCAAAGGCCAUGAAGGGAGAGCAUCCACUGAGCGCCUUGAGCCAUGGAGAGCUGUCCAUCGUAUCGAGCUUCAAUGUUGGUGGAGAUGUCUUUAGUGAUUGUGUUAUCGGCGAUAACAUGAGGAGCCAAUUUGACCAGCUCGCACGACUACGCGAGAUCUUCACCUCCCAGCUAGCGAUGGCCGAGGUGACACCUUCCUUCCGGCUCGGAGACACCAACAGCGUGUACAGCGAGCCUGCCUACCGUUUCAAUGCCGGCCCGGGGAGUGUCUGCAGUGAACCGGCCUACCGUCCACCGAGUCCCCGGUGUCGCGACUGUCGCCAGUCGAUGACCAUGUCCCGCACGCCCAGCCAAAGCUCUCUGCCCAGUCUGACGGGGAUUGUCGCGAUCGCGGGGAUGGAACAGUACGCCUCGCUACGCCACCCGGACGGUGCUUCCGACCCAAACUUACCAAAGCUGGAAAAAACGACCGACGACAUGAUGAUGGACUCGGAGGAACCACAUACGCACAUCCGGGAGAAUCCUCUCUCGGAACUGCUCUGCCAGAGUGAAGAAGACGACGGUCAACUUAAGGGACCAACAUCGGCUCUACUCCCGCCCCAGAAUCUUCCCACCCUUCCACUGCUACCUCUCUCCACACCGGAAGCGUACGACAGUGGGCACGACUCGACGCCAAGGACUUCCAAACAUUCGGGUAUCUCGAGACGGGCCGAGAGCGGAUAUCACAGUGUGGGAACAGUGCGUGACAGUGAUGAGUCGAGCUUCGGUUCGGCGGCGUCCAGGGCACAUCAGAAGUCGGCCGGUGCGGGAGGAAAGAAGCGUAACCGUGCCGACAACAAAUCGCUCUGCCACUGGCUACGGAACCCGUUCAACUGCACUUACCCAGACACGGAGGGUGAAAUCAGUGACUUCUAGAACGCGAGGACUCUGCUGAACGUUCGAUGUGCUUUAGCUAAUUUUAACCGUUAUCGUCGUGACCGCGCAUGGCUGCUAUCGGUGUCGUCGGGCUGCAUCUUGAUGUGUAUCUGUGAGCCUGCCUGCCUAUCCAAAAUCGCCUAACUUGCUGACAAUAAAACAAAAACCAAGUUACUUACAUCGAUCGCUUCAUGCUGACAAACGGACUAGAAUUCGGAAAACUGAAAAAAAAUCCCAGAUGGUGCUGCUUCUGCCUGUUUCAUUCGAUUGGGGUUCGAUCUAGCUAAUAUUAUGUUGAGUUCUUCCUUGCAAUCUCUCUGUCCCUUUCUGCUCUCUGGCUCCUCUAUCUCUCUGUCUCUCGUUUCCUCCUUAACAUCACCGAAAGAUAAACUAAAUACGCCACGCUUCUGUCACUGUUGAAUAAUUGUACUGUUUAAAAUGUUAUCUAUCCUUUGAUACCCGAAACAUGUUACAGAGGCUCUCGUUGUGAUCAGCUUCCAGCUAAUGCUUCCUAAUCUCUCUAAUCCAGACGUAUCAUUAUGGCACAAACACUGUACAGACUAGGUUUUAACACAAUUAUGAAAAUCGAAUCAUGCACCCCAACAAAAAAAAAAAGGCGGAAAAGGACAUCCGUUGUUUUUCCCCCUUUUUAGAUUAAUUCGUUCACCAUUGAACAAAUUUAUCUGCGUUUGCCAAAAAAUUGUCCUAUAAAGUGUCGCUGGGUACCGCUAAAUGCCUGCACUCGGCAGCUAAUUACAUUCGCAAAUUAAGCUUCGAACGAGCCCAACGAUAGCUCGCUGCUGCCGCUCAGACUAAGUGGGCCAUUUGAACUGAUUUGUGCGAUAAUUAUCUCCCUCGAGUAUCGGAAAAUCCGGCGCUCGGUUUUAUUGGCAUACGUAUGAGGUUGGGCUUUGUUACAGAAACACGUGUAAAAACAACAGCAAAACAACGAAAUGCAAAACAAAAAACGGCGUUUGUGUAUAAUCGUUGUUAUUAAAUCGUUCAGAGCGAGGUGGGAGGGAAAGUUGUAGCGAACCAGUUUGACAUAAGGGGUCUUUGGUUCGCAACCAACUCGAACAAUUGUGGCAAUUACCGAAGCGAUAAUCACCACGGUAAUGUGCAUUGAAGCUGAAAUCCGAUUUAUGUUCGCGCGUUCUUAAGUAGCGAAAUAAAAUAACAUAACACGUUAAAACUACAAAAUGCAUUCAAAACAAAGGAAAAGAGAGACACAAAGAGAGAUAAAGAGACAAAAAGAAAGAGAGAGAAAAUGAUGGAUAGAGCAACAGAAAUAGAAGAGAGAUGCACCCAAUCAACCAAUCAAUCAGUCAACAAUCAUAACACAAGAGGGUUCAAAAUGUCAUCCCGCUUAGCAAACAAAACAACUCUACGGUUCGUUUAUAGUCUUUGGGUUGAUUUCUUCAGCAUUUAAAACAAGCAAAAUUUAUCCCUUUUCUUUUUAGUAAUCAAUUCAUGAUUUAUUAUUAUUAUUACCCCUCAUAAAAGCUAUGCAAACUGCCUGCAAAUUGCUACGCAACAGAGCUGUCAAAUUUAAGUGUAAAUCAGUGUACUCAUUCGAGCUGUCAAACCCUUUUUCAAACGCAAUAGCAUAAUGAACUGAUAACAUUUUUAAAAAAAGGCCACCAAGGAACAAAAAUACUAGAUGAGACACCAGUUUAUCCAUCGCAGUGUAUAGCUCCCUUCUUAACUAGCUCCAUGACACAUACAUACAAGACACUAGAGCGUGGUUUUGUCCGGUUCCCGAAUACAGGUACAGAGUUUUAGAACAUUUUUACAAUAACAAGAACGGAUUGGAAAGACCGCCAGUGUCGCCAGGCUCUAUCCAAAGAACACACUGCUUUCAUCCCUAGCUUGAUCCGUCAUUCUUGAGCAUGAUUCUACUAGUACUGCGACUACUACUACUACCACUGACAACAGGCGGCGUCCAAGCUCGCUCGGCUACUCGGAAAAAAAACCCGUACACAUUAUUGUAAUUAUUGCGAAGGGCUAUUGUACGAAACCAGUUGUAUUGUAUAAUCUUUUACUACUGCUUUUAUGGAAUACUCGAAAAGCGUACGGAACGUCUCCGGCGGUGGAGAAAAUAAUCUACAGAAAAUAGAAAAUAAUUUUAUAAAAAGA